AUGCUGGGCAACACUAUGCGACACUCCGGGUUUUAGAAAUAGGAAGAGGCUCCAGCUUAAGGCUCCGACCCCAGCGUUGGUAAAUCGUCGACGACAGGGAGUUCUAGAUCUACGGUGACAACAUAGGCCCCUGCGGCAAAAUGUUCCAUCGGCAGUGGAUCGCCAAAAACUCCUGCAAAAGCUGAGGCUUCUAGGACAGCAAAACUUGCCGAGGUGAGCAAUGAUAGUGGAGCAGAGGAUUCAUAUGAUUCGGGAGUAGAAAGUGGAGCAAUCGAUGGUGGAGAAGAAGAGGUAAACAAGAUCAUGACUGGAGGAGGAAACAAUGCCGAGGUGGAAAGAACAACAGUGGUGGAGAGCUCCAUUGAGACUGUCAGGAAACAUGGCGAGGCUGUUUCUAGCGCCUUAGCUGGACUUUCAAUCAGAGGUAGUGCCUUGACCCACGGUAAUCCCGUUAAGAUGGAAGAUGGUUGUGGUUCCGUGAAAGCUGAAGCUUCGGCUUCGAUCGCAGCUGGAUGUGAUCCUAUGAAAGUAGAUGGGUUGGUGAAGAUGGAAGCUGGUUUUGAGUCUGCAAGAGUCGAAGCUCCGGUUGGCUCAGUGAAGAUGGAACCUGGUGGUGGCUUCUCCAAGAGACUGAAGUUGCCGGGUACUCGACGUCCAGGGGAUGCCGGAUUCGUGUUGGCGAGUUCGUGUCCUUCAAUUUUCCCAAGCCUGAAGCCGAAAGUAAGAAGAAGUUCUUUGAGCACAAGAAGGUUCGGCCGAAAGCGAGCUCCGACAUUGUAAGGUUCUUGACAAAAGCUUCAGGAGAGAGAGGACGGCUUCCAGCCGACUGGUGAUACCUUUGGGAAGUGCAAAAUGGCACCAGAGGCUCUUUCUCUUAUGAACAGCAUAGUUCUCCAUUUUUCUGUGUUUACCAGAGACGUUACGUAUAUGAUGUGC